UGCAAUCGCCCUGUUGUACGACGUGAGUGGCGGGCCUUGACGCCAGACGAGAGAGCGGACUUCAUCGAUGCUAUACAAUGCUUGAACUUGUUGCCUUCGAAAUGGGGCUUCAAAGGGUCUACAUACGACGACUUCUCUUUGCUGCAUCUGAAAAUCGGAUCUUGGUCCCACGGGCAUGCAUCGUUCCUUCCGUGGCAUAGAUAUACCCUUGUUUUGCUGGAAGCUUCUAUGCGUGAACGGUGUGGUUUCAAGGGGUCCAUACCAUACUGGGAUUGGACAAUGGACUGGAUGGACUUACACGGUUCUUCAAUCUGGAACAAUGUUACUGGAUUCGGGGGAGACGGUGAUCCAGCCGGGCCCAUUGUCGUUGGAGAAGGGCGCUGCGUAACUGACGGACCCUUUUCCAAUCUGCGACCCAUUAGAUACAACCAAACGGACCUAAAGCAUUGUCUUGCAAGGGGCUUUCGGAACGUGGACGCCAUCGGCCGCCCCUUGAACCCGUGGUUCGGCCCCGGUUCAAUCGGCAGGCUCCUACGGACCCCCGGAUAUCGCGACUUCGAGUGGGAUAUGGAGAACCGCCUGCACAACCGGAUGCAUCGUGCUGUCAGCGGUGACUUUCUCUCGCUAACAGCCGCCAAUGAUCCUGUGUUUUAUCUUCAUCAUGCGCAGAUAGACCAUCUGUGGUGGCGGUGGCAACAAGAAGAUAAAGCAACUAGAUUAUAUGAAUAUGAAGGGAAACACAUGUUCAACUCGACAGAUGGAACAGCAAGUCUCAGUGAUACGCUACAGUAUGGAGGUUUUGCGGAAGAUAUCCCAGUGUCAUGGGUCAUGGACACCGAGGACGGGUUUCUAUGUUAUAGAUACUGA